CACCUUCAAAAUGCAGUUACUCCUCCUCCUCGCUGCAACUUUGAGUCUCGGUGCAGGAACUCUGGCUUCCCCUGCACCGGUUUCUAACAGUAUCGAAUCACGGGCUUAUCAUUGGCAUGGUUGUGGCGCCGGUAUCGAGUGCCAUUCUGCCACUGACUGUUGGGCUUCCGAGGAUUGUGUGCAGACUGCCCUUGGUAGCACCGCCAAUAUCCACUGUGGACAAGAUAGUUACCCCACGGCUUGCUGGGCGGAUUGGACCGAUUAGAUGUUGGGCUUCUGGGCAAGGGUUGGCUUGAAUCAACUGCGAGCUGUGCGACUGUCAGAGUUGGGAAGGUUUCCUAAGAUGAUUGAAUUUCUCGGGGAUACGGUUAUUGUGUGCUCUAUACACUUGUUGCAGAAAGAAUGAUUAAUGGCACAUCCUUGUCAACUUGGACGCUUGAAGGCCAUUCUAUGCCUUUCGGGUUCCGUAAGAGCAACAGGAGCCAUAGGCAUCUAGUUAUCAAAAGACCAUUAGCUGCGAUCAGAAUCAAAUUGCCAAUUGUUGCAAUUCCCACAUU